AUGCGUCGACAAAGAUUACAAUUUAUUCUACAUAUUUCAUUAUCGACCUUUAUACCCAAAUGUCUUGCUUCUCCAAGUCAGCAAGAUGAUACUGAACCAAUCAGUAAAUUACCUAUAGUCCUGUUCUUACAAGCUGCUCUCUUUAGUUACCUAACCUAUAUCAUAACGAUGCGACCUAAAAAAGGCAUGCCUAACAACAAUGGUUUCCAACGACGCAUUUUAGCUCUAUUAUGCCCUUCCAUUGGAAUAGGAGUAGCAGCGGUUUCAAUGUACAAAGCAUUUUGUGGAGAUAAAAUACUCGGGAUUGCACAAUACAAACCUCUUUUAAGAAGAUAUGAAAAAGAGAACCCGACCACUAGAGACAUUGAUCAAGAUAGCUUACACGAGAUUCGCAUAAAACAUCGAAACUUAUUCCGUAUGUCUCCAUCAAGUUCUCCCCUCUUGGCCAGUACAUCUACAUCUAAACGCCCUAUAAACCAUUACAAUCGCGGUGACAAUCAACAUCUCAAUGACAUCGAUGAAAUUAUAUCUAUAGAGCAGCGUUCAAAAGUUCUUCAGCUAAGGGAUCGUCUAUUUCAAGAUAUGGAGGUAGAGGAUAUCGAGAUUGCCGAAGACGACAAUUCACCCUAUUUGGCUGCCUUUCUACAUAUAAUUGGUCCCGAAAAAGCAAAGAAAACAAAGCACUGUCUCCUAAAUGACUCUUUGUAUAUCGGUUAUAGUCAUGACUAUUCAGAAGAUCAUUGCAGAGUCUCACGUAGAACCGAGUAUAUAACCGUUGUUGGCCCUGGGGCAGUGUGCAUAAAUCAAGGAAAGUUACGUCCAGCAAAUGCCCGUUAUAUGACAGUCGAUAUGAUAGACCAGCUCGAGACAGCUCAUAACAUAGACGGUAGCUCAUACGUUGAGAUAAUUGUUACAAUCAGCCAGCUGUUCUAUACCACGGUUGAAUGUAUGAAUAUAGACGGAGACAGAUGGGUCAAGCUUAUUAGCAUUAUAUACACUGCAAUGUCAGUCCUUCAGACAUUUUCUCUCGUUGUGCUACACAAGCAAACGGCAGCCUUUAGUAUCAAGGAUGAUGCUGACCCCAACGCAAAUCGUAUAUAUUUCGGUCCUAAAAGGGAAAUACUACUCCCACAUUACUUGAAUGGAGUUUAUGACAUACUUGAACUUAGCGAUGUUGCCGUGCUAUCUACACUUAUGGGAAUCAUAUUGUUCAUGGUUGUUGGUGUAUGGGCUGACUAUAGCAGCUAUAGUAUAGCAAAAUGGUUUGUGAUAUUCUGGAUUAUUAGUCCUCUUGUUUUUAUUGCUUUUGCUCUCAUUGUCUUCUUUCUCUCAUUGACUCCUUAUUGUGGUUUCCUUGUGGACUGUACGUUCACUAUAACCUUUAUUAUUCUCUUUAUUUGCUCAGAUGGAUGA